AUUUUUAAUUUUUAUUUUAUUAUAUUAUUCUUCAAUACUCCUUCCUACAUUGAAUUGAAUUGAGUGUGUAAAAAGAGAAGAAACAAAAUCAAAAUACAACACAAACACAAACACAAUUUGAUUAAUUGAUUUGAGGAGUUUGAAAGAAAGAAAGAAUUCGACGAUCAAUGAAGAGUUCUCUGAAAAAGUUACGAGGUUUGGCACUUCACAAUCAUCAUCAUCAUCAUCAUCAUCAUCACAAACAUGAUACAAUUAACAACAAAACAAUUCUUCCUCUUAAACAACUUGACGAACUCGAAAAGGCUACAAGGGAGAUGCAAGACAUGAGGGACUGCUAUGAUACCUUACUUUCCGCAGCGGCCGCAACCGCCAGUAGUGCUUAUGAAUUCGCUGAGUCGUUGCGGGACAUGGGUUCUUGUUUACUCGAGAAAACUGCUUUGAAUGAUCACGAAGAAGAAACUGGAAAGGUUCUUCUUAUGCUUGGAAAAAUCCAGUUCAAACUUCAGAAACUUAUUGAUAACUAUCGUUCCCAUAUAAUACAGACAAUUACAGUUCCAUCUGAGUCACUCUUGAAUGAACUUCGAAUUGUUGAGGAGAUGAAGCGACAGUGUGAUGAAAAAAGAGAUGUGUAUGAGUAUAUGAUAGCAAGAUACAGAGAAAGAGGUAGGUCUAAAGGUGGCAAAGGAGAAACUUUUACAUUGCAGCAGCUGCAAGCUGCUCGCGAUGAAUAUGAUGAGGAGGCCACAUUGUUUGUUUUCCGAUUGAAAUCUCUGAAGCAAGGACAAUCACGUAGUCUUCUAACCCAGGCAGCACGUCAUCAUGCUUCUCAGUCAUGUUUCUUCAAGAAAGCAGCCAAAUCUCUUGAGACAGUAGAGCCACAUGUGAAGUCAGUAACCGAACAACAACACAUUGAUUACCACUUCAGUGGUUUGGAAGAGGAGGAUGGGGAUGAAGGUGAUUAUGUAGACGAAGACGACGAGGGUUAUGAUGAGAAUGAUGAUGGGGAACUGAGUUUUGACUAUGGACCAAAUGAACAGGAGCGAGAUGUUUCUACAUCUAGAAAUUCAAUGGAGCUGGACCAGGUGGAACAUACACUUCCCAGAGGUUCACCAGCAGGGGGUGCUAAGGAAAACUUGGAUAAGCUUCAAAGGAAUUUGUUUUCUUUUAAGGUUAGGGCAGGGAGCCAAUCUGCCCCACUUUUUGCCGAUAAUAAACCUGAUUCCAGUGAAAAGCUGAGGCAGAUGCGCCCAUCUUUAUCGCGAAAAUUCAGUUCAUAUGUGCUACCAACUCCAGUUGAUGCGAAGAGUCCAAUCUCUUUUUUUCCAGAUAAACCAAAGCCUUCCACAAUGCAGACAAAUUUAAAUGAACCAACAAAGAACUUGUGGCAUUCAUCCCCAUUGGAUCAAAAGAAACAUGAAAAAGAUAUCAGAGAUGAACAUUCUGAUCCUACUAUCAGAAACACUCAGUCUGCAUUAAGGGAAAGCAACAAUAAUGCUUCCUUCACAAGACUGCCGCUUCCUUUGGUAGAUGGUCCUGCAUCCUUAAAUCAUGACAAUGUUUCUGCUUACUCUAAAAAGAUUAAAAGACAUGCCUUUUCCGGCCCACUGACAAGUAAUCCUUGGCCUACCAGACCUGUCUCAAUGGAAAAUAUUCAGUUGUUUUCUGGACCUCUUUUGCCUACUCGAAUCCCUCAGCCUCCAUCAUCAUCCCCCAAAGUUUCUCCUAGUGCUUCUCCUACUAUCUUGUCUUCACCUAAAAUAAGCGAGCUUCAUGAACUUCCAAGGCCUCCAGCCAAUUCCCCGCCCAACUCUAGGCUUUUAGGUUUGAUGGGGCAUUCAGGUCCAUUAGUGUCUAGAGGUCAAAAUGUUUCCGCUGCAAAUAAUUUGGUUGUUUCAAGUGUAGCAUCUCCACUGCCAAUGCCACCGCAGGCUAUGUCUCGUAGUUUCUCUAUACCUUCUUCUGGUAGUGCUCGAGUUGCAGCAUAUGGGCCAAGGGGACGAGAAUCCUCUCAUACAUCAUCUCUAUCCGAGGAAAUUGCUUCUCCUCCGCUAACGCCAAUUGCAUUAUCAAGUAGUCGGCCGUCAUUAGAUGGCUGAGGCUGUUGCUCUGGAUGUUUGGGCCGGAGAUUAAUUCCUUUCUCUUCUAAAGCUAAUGCUAUUUCCGGCCUGGCGAAUCAAGCUUAGGUUCAAGUUUUGCUUAGUUUCAAUUAUGUAAAUAUUCCUUUUACUCCGUAUUCUUUUAUCCGGUCAUUAUCAUUGUUAAUUCAACCUUGUAAUGAGUUUUGAUCUUGUUUUUAUUCAAAUAAUAAAUGCCCAUAAGUUCUAUUGUUGAAAUAAUACAUUAAGCAAUUGACAGUAACCGGUCAAUUAUGCCUCA